GAAGGAACAAGAUUUUUGUGUUCGACUGUUGUCAUCACCUUGAUCGCUCACACGAUUCAAUGACAAGAUCUGAUUGAAGAGGAUGCAUGCUCUUUUCCCAAGCUAGCCAUCGUCGUGUCUGUCUUCCCGUUGGUCUUCAUGCAGCUAGAUUCGCAGUCUCUCAGUACAAGUGUACAUCCAGUUUUUGCACAACUCAGAGUUCGUCACAUCUGAGAAGUCUGCAAUAUCUUGCCUUCUAUGACAUUUUGCUUUCACAUCGCGCGAUCUUUGCUAAGAACUUGAUUUCAGAUACUCGCUGGUUCGCUCGUCAGACGCUAGGUCGCUGCCGCUGCUGCGCUCCGGUCAACUCCGGACGACGUUGUUGCGUUCAGAGAGAGGCAGAGCAUCCAGCAUCGGAAAGGACACGACUCCGCGUUCUUCACUCCGCACAGCGGCAGCGCUCGCUCUGGAUAGGAAGAAGAGAAGAAGAAGGAAGAGAGAGUCGGGAUUUUGGAUCGAGAAGAGGUACUCCUGUAAGCUCGGUUACAUUUCGACCGCGCUUCAAGUGGCAAAUCUUUCUUCCUCGGUGAGAGUGGAGGAGAGAAAGGAAGGUGCAGGUGCGUCCAUCUUCAGUCACGCUUCUGAACUGGUGAAACGGGAAAUGGACUCCGCACACGAGGAACCGGAGCUUCCCUCCGCCAUCCAGGACCUUGUACAGCGUCUGGAAGGACAAGGCGAGCCUAUAACGGAGCUUCCCAAUUUAGUGUCCGAAGAAUUUCUGGAGUUUUUUCCCUGGAGUGAAUCACUCUCGACAAUCAUAGGGUGGCGAAGCCAAGUGCGUCUUCGAGUGCUGGAGGCAAUCGGCAGGUGCAACACCCUUGAGAUUCUGGACGUGCGCAGAUUUUGUGGGGGAGAUAUAUCGAGGUUGACGCCAAGCGAGUGGGAGGUAGUAUUCAGAGGUUUCAGGUGUAGCACCGUUCUAAAAGAGAUACGCGUUUUUGAUCGGGUUAGGGGUUCAGAUGAUGCGGAAGUGGAGAGCUUGUGUUUACAGCUGGGGAGAAUUCUGAAUUUCUCUAGCGUAACAGAGUUAGAAGUGAGUUGCAGAUUGAGUGCCAGAUGUUUCUCGAAUCUCGCCUCAGGACUGCGAGGACAUUCCGAUUCUAAACUCAAGUCUUUAGAUUUGUCGGGAGCGUGGAGGGGCUCGAGUGCGGUGAAGUAUGUGGCUGACAUGAUCAAUAGUGCUCCUCUAUUAGAAACGUUGCGUUUAGGCGGCUAUUGGCAGGACAUGGAGGACGAGACCGUUGGAAUCCUGUCCCAGGCUGUGAUCCACAGCUCGUCUCUGAAAGAAUUGACGUUAGACAACGCGGAUCCGUGGGGAGGGCCCUUGUUGCUGAAAGCAUUGGCCGGAGACGAUCGCAACCGAUCCAUUGAACGUCUUCGGCUCACGACAAUGAUUGGACGCGGAGACUUUGGAGACUGUUUAAGGGAACUUCUUAUUUCCAACCGAUCAUUGAAGGAAGUGGAGUUCCAGACAAGGGUGAUGCGUCCUGAGGAAUUGCCCAAGCUCGGCGAAGCCAUACGUGACAAUGCCAUAGCGACAACUAUACUUGUUAGGGUUGACAGAUAUGACAACUGGAAGUUAAUAGAAGCUCUUGCUCGUUCUGCUAGCUCCGAUGUCAAGGACCCCAUAGUGGAACUUGAACUCGUUAGUACGACUGAUGUAGUAAAUGAUGUGAUGUUAUCAUUAAACCUAUUAGGUAGGGUACUGCGCGGGGAAAUCACAUCUCUGAAAUCUCUCAGUAUAUUGGUACCUAUUGUCAUUCGCACUUCAGGUACCAACCAAGAUAGACAGGCAAGUAUACUGUCUAUGAAUGGAAAAACUGGAGAAACUUGCGUCCUGAAGAGACUCCGACUAUUCGGAUUAAGCAUUGUAUGCGAAGAUGUUUGGAAGGGAUUAUGGAAGGACUUGCUUUUGUGCCUGCGAGGGAACACAAGUGUCACUCACUUGGAUUUGUCUUGCAACGAACUCAACGAAGAUGCGUUCCGCGACAUGAUGGGGUUACUCCAAGUGAACUUGAGUCUCCAGGAAAUAAAUGUCUCAAAAACCUCAUGGGCUACAGACGGAAAGGCCGCGCUGAUUCAAGAGGCCCUCAAGCAGAACAAGAUGCGCGCCGCCUACAUGUCCGUGUUCAUGGAGGCCAAACUAAAAUUUGGAGAUGCAAAGGCUGGUCGACUCUUUCUAUGCGGCUCUCCUAGAGCAGGCAAGACUCAAUUGCGUCAAACCUUGAUGAGGAUAGUUGAAGGCAAAAGUUGGCUUGGGAACAAAUGGAAGGAGUUGUUUAGAACUAAAGGUAUCGAAGUGGAGUUCUUGCAAAACGAUGACAAAAGGCAAAUUUCAAUCUGGGAUCUUGCGGGACAAGAGAUUUUUCGUACCCUUCAAAGUGUUCUCUUCCCUCAAUCCAGCAAUUUUUGUGUUUUUUUAUUUGUGCAUAGCUCUUUUUGUGAGAAAUCAUCUUCUAAGAAACAAGAUUCUUGUUUUCGGACAGAGUUGGAAGAAUGGAUGAGUUUUAUCACAUCCAGCUCUAGGAUCACAGGACAUAAUCGUCCGCAAGUUCUUGUUGUGAUUUCACACAAGGACAAAACCAAAUCCAUCUCUUUGACUUGGGCUCACUCAAUAGUGAAAGAUGUCAACCAAAGAUUUGCAAAAUUUGUGGAUCUUCAUCCAAUUCAAGAGUGUUUUCAUGUGGAUGCAAGAAAAAAGAAGCAAGUUAUAGAUCUCAAAGAUUAUAUUUUUGAGAUUUUUGAUAAGUUGUUGAGUGAAAAAUCCCCACAAGUUCCCCAAUUGUGUUCCAGACUCUCUUCCCUCUUGGUUACAAACAUCAAGGAGAACAGAAGUUGCCCUAUUUGGUUACCUCAAAAGUUUAAUGAAUUCUAUGACCCCAUCUUGACAGAGUUCAUUUCAUCAUCUUCAGCUUUUGCCAUUGAUCAUUCAAGGAUACUAAAUUCGAUAGUAUCUUAUUUGAAUGACGUUGGAUCCAUAGUUUAUAUUCCAACCCUUAGUUACAUCAUUGUGGAUCCAAAUUGGCUCACAAAUACAUUAUUGGGUGAGCUGGUAGGUAAGGGUCAAGACUUUCAAGCUAAAGAGCACACAAGUAAAUCAUGUGCCUCAUACUCAAGCAAGGACGGAUUUGUGAGCGAGAGUGUCUUUGUUGGAUUGAUAGAGGAGUUUUUGGAAAAGCAACCGCAUGGACGGAAAGGUGUGGACAGAGACGUGAUUGAAAACAUCCUUAUCAAUUUAGAUUUGUGUUUCAAGGUGGAAGAUACUUCUCAGUAUUUCAUUCCCUCCUUCAUACCUGAGCAUGCAAGCACAGAAGGACAGAAGCCUCAAGAAGGGAAGGACUUGGAGUCGAUGGCUUGGGAAACUAGGGGUGAGACUUCACAAUUUGUCGGCAUCCGGAUUCAAUGCCAAGAUGGAAGAACAAUGUCAUUGACCGCUGCUUUUUUUCCAUGCUUCCAGAUGUUCAUGAGACGCAAGUUGAUAUUGGAGAUGCGUGUCUCUAAGAAGACUGUAACCUGCUCUCGACAUAAUCUGCGACUUUUUCUUGAUGGGCACGAGAUCUACAUCGAUCAAGGAACGUCCCACAAUUACGUGGAUGUUUUGAUGUUACGCUCAAAGCAUAAAUCACGGUCGGAGGCUCUGCAAUACUUGAUGAAGCAUAUCGUCCAGGAGUUGAUAUCAUUUUGCGCAUCAUCGAAAGGCUGUCCUGGGGUGGCUUUAGUGCUUAGUGUGAUUCAAACAUCUUGCGUGGAGAUGCUGAUUCCGAGUCAUCUCAGAGGAGCCAUUCUCAUCGAGGAGCUCAAAUCAAACUUCAUUGGUAGCAUCAAUGACAAACUUGAGGAUAUUCAGUUGGAUAAGUUUCACUUGGAGAAGGAGGAAGCUUUGUUCAGCUAUGAGCACUCUUGGCCCUCGAUUGAAGGGCACACGGGGGUAAUUUUUGAAAGCGCUAGAGAUCUGUUGUGGGAGAACGAUGUUGAAGCGGUUGUGAAUGAGAUCCGACAGAAGCGAAUGCAACAAUUGGAGUCAUUGCAGCAAGGUCUAAUCGAAGUGAACAAUGACUUGAUUCAUUCUCAUCCUGAAAAUGAAAACAUGGUUAGCAGAUCGAGUUUUCCUGAUAUUACAGAAUCCAAUCGACUUUCAUCUAGGUGCUUAAGUCGGGCGAACACAAGUGUACAAUUUAGUUCUACUCGACUUGAGAACAAGAUUGAUCAGCUAGUACAAAAGGUUGAUGGUUUGGAUGAAAGGUUGAGAUUGGUGGAUAUCAAGGUGGGACAGAUACUCUCUUUGCAACAAGAAGUGAAGUCAACGUUGAGCGUCUUCAUGUCUAAAGUGGACAGGAUCAUUGAGUAUCCUCAAUCGCUUCAGCAGGCUGGAACUCCCAAACGACCAUACGUCAGGGAUGAUGUUGGACUUUUCUAUAAGAUGAGUGCGCAUCUGCAUGUUGGGAAAACCGUUCGGUUACACUUGAUGUGUGAGUCGGCGACUGGGUUUCACAUGGUCAAAGAUCAAGAAGGUUUAAAACUACGUGUUGAUCUGAAUAAUCGCGCAUGGAUUAGCAAAACCAUUGAAAUCUCACUCAAAGUCAUGUAUUAUGCUGUGAAGGCUGGACUGGAUGUAACUUUCGGUUUGGGCCAAGCUAUUCCAGACUGGGCAGAUUUAAAAUCUGAUAUUGUUAAACUAGAUGGCAUUAGCUAUAGUGAUCGCAGUGCAGUCUUAAAAGGUGGGGAAAGCAUGAAGCUCACAGAAGCAUGGCUGAGGAUUCAGCAAACUCUUGCGCCCCAGCUUCGAGACAGCUAUUCGACAAUCUUCAAGUUGUAUCAGGUGAAAUAUGUGAGACUAGAAUUAGGUGGGCAUGCAUGGGUGUGCGAGGAGUGCAUGAGUAAAGGUAUUAGAACUGGCAUUUUGGUAGGAAUUUGAAGACCUUAGACUGUCACGAUGUAUCAUGACAUUCUGUUGACAAGCAUAUGUUUAGACACUCAUGCAAUAUGAACCUGUGCAAAAUCUUCCUUAGAGUUUUCACGUGUACAAGUCUUUUAUAAUCUGUGCAAUCAUGUCAAUCGCGCAGUUAUGGUCCUG